GAUGAGGACUCUGAAUUUUUUUCUUGAUCGGUGCAAGCUGACUCACAACUUUUUUUUUGCGCUUCUUUCCCUUUAACUUUACUACCCUCUCAUUUCUCGUCAUGGUCGCUUCAGAAUCAAACGCAUCUGUUGUCUUGGGUGUCCUUGCUUUGCAAGGUGCAUUUAUUGAACACAUUCAUAUCCUCAGCACGAUACCCGAAGUGAAGGAAGUCAUCGCUGUUCGCACGGAAGAGCAACUGAACUCUGUUGAUGCUCUCAUUAUUCCCGGCGGUGAAUCGACCUCGAUGGCUUUAAUUGCUGAACGAUGUAAUAUGCUUGAACCGCUUCGCAAGUUUGUUCGUGCCAAGCCUACGUGGGGAACUUGCGCUGGUAUGAUCAUGCUGGCCAACGAAGCUACGGGAGCCAAGAAGGGUGGUCAGCAACUGUUGGGCGGUUUGGAUAUCUGUGUCAACCGAAAUCAGUUUGGAUCGCAGAAAGAGUCCUUUGAUACAAUGUUGCAUCUUCCCGAUGCGUUGGGUGAUGAACCAUUCCACGCCGUGUUCAUUCGUGCGCCCGUCAUUACCAGCGUCAAAUCAGAUACUGUCAAGGUGAUUGGUCGCUUAGAAAAGAAGAUUGGUCAAACCGAUCCCGAAACCAUUGUCGCUGUCCGUCAAGAUAAACUGUUGGCAACCGCUUUCCACCCCGAAUUGACGCGCGAUAACAGACUCCACAGCUACUUUGUCCGUAUGGCCCUUGAAUACAAGCAGUAAAAGGAAGAAGCUAUUCCCCGUAUCCGAGAGGCAAUUAAAAAAAAAAAAAAGGAUAGGUGGCGGUAUAUUUUGGUUUAAUUUAUGUAUAUUUUUUUGUUCGUCAUUAUCAUUAUCAUGUUUAGAAUAUUUAGAUUUUUUUCACUUUUUUUCAUCCUCUGUAUUCGAUACUACAGACGAUAAAGACCACUUGGACAGAUGAUUGCUUGCUUCUUUGGAUGUUUGUGGAAAGGCUUUGGCGUAGGAGUAAAUGAGUCCGGCAAUGA